GCUGUCGCCGUGGAAACCAGCACUGUUGUUUGUAGAGCUGAGUGAGGGGGCGGAGGGUUGAUGAGUAUAAAGAGAUUGGGUGCAGAGACGUCUUCACAACAGCAUCUGCUCACAGGUGAAAACUCUGACUUCUCCUCGCUCUGAAAGGAUUAAAGAUCAAUUUAUCUCCAGGAAAGAUGAAGCUCAACAUCGCCACACUCUCUCUCCUCCGUCCUGCCGCCGCCAUGCUUGUCCUUCUGCCGCUGCUUCUGAUUGGCUGGGCCGAGCAGGGGUCAGCGCUGCCUGUCGACCGGCCGCUCAGCCAGCCGCUGCGAAACCCGCAGACUUACCAGGCCGUCCGGGACAUUUCGCAACAUGCUCAGAGUCAGCAGACAGACGACGACUCCAGCUCCAGACUGAUGCCCAGAGUCACUAAUACUAACCAGGACCACCUGAAGAUCUGCUGCCUCCACGCCAACAUCCUCGACUUCUACCUGAACAACAUCCUGCGUCACCGCGACAACCAGCAUCCCAGCAUGCACCGGCUGAAGACCGACCUGUCCCGCGUCAGCGAGGACCUGAAGACUCAAGGAUGUAAUGUGACUCACUACCACGACCAUCACCACGCCGUGGAGUUUCGCAGGAAGCUCGCCAUGAUGGGGGGCGAACAAGGUAUGAACAAAGCAAUGGGAGAGAUCGACAUCCUGUUCACCUACCUGCAGGACUUCUGCAUCCUCAACAACUUCACGGACGCCAACGUGGACGCCGCCGAACAGUGAUGCCCCCACCGUUUCUACUAUUUCUACUGAACAUAUUUAUCACCUUUUAUACCGCAUCAUUUUAUACCAACCACUUUUAUACUUUUAUUUAUUUGUCUAUUUAAUUUGAGAACAUAUUUAACAUUUUUAUAUAUUUAUGAAAACCUCGAGUAUGGCUGAUUAGUUAUUAAUCUAUUUAUUGAUGAGACUGUUUCAAUACAUGAGCUGAGAGGAUGUGGUGUUGAUCCUGUUGCCAUGUUGUGGCCGAUUGUUUCAAUAUUUAAUGUUUCUUGUUCCUCUCAGGCUGUUGGACACAGUGUGUUACG